AUGGAUGCUUCAGCUGAAGGAGGGAAGGAAAGAAAGUUCCAUUAUCAUGUCAAAAUGCCAGCUGAAGACAAAUUUGACAGUAUGAAUCUUAAUGUUAAAAUUGACACUUCCUGGGUCUUCCAGGAUGCAGAAGAUGCUGAUGAUGUACAUGGUGGUCUUUCUGAAGAAGGAGCAAAGAGCAGUGAAGAAGAUGCUGGAAUUCUUAGGAAACAGCUAGAAACAUCAGAGCAAAGGCUGAGAACAGCUGUUGAGAAGCAUGUGAGGUCAGAAUCCCGGCUUAGAAACAGGAUUGAAGAGCUGGAGUUGUCAGAGCAGAAGCUUCUUCAAAGGGUCAGUCAGCUGAAUGCCCAAGUGUACCAAGAAGAAAAUGCCUAUCUUCAAACUAAAGAGAAACUGGAGGAGAUUCAGGAAGAAUUGAUGGAUCUGGUUGAAGAAACUGAAAGAGCUCGGAGGGUACAAAGAGAAAAACUUCAGCAGUUUCAGGACCAGUUGUGCAGGAAAGACGAAGAACUGCAGAGCCUGCUUUCGUCCUUUGAGCAUUAUAAGUGGAACCAAAGGCAGCAAAUGGCCAUGGUGAGAGAGCAGGAAGGCUUCCUCAAGGGCCAGGUGCUUCGACUGGAGGAGGAAGCCCAGCACCUCCGCGAGGCCACAGCUUCCCUGAUGACCGAGCUUGAAGCAGGGGGAAGCCAAGGCUUGGAUUCCAAGUUACAGGUCCCAUUGGAAAAGAGUAGAUCAGAGCCUUGGAGUAUUGGGGAGGAUCUGGCUGAGCUCCGGGCUUUCUUAGAAGUGGGUGAGCUUCAGGCUCGGAGACAACUGGCCACUUUGCAGCAAAGCCUAAUGGCACUGCUUGCUAAAGAAGAGAGCAACAACCAAGAGAAGGAAAAAAUCCUGCGUCAACUCCAGGAGCACCGGGACACAGUGCUCUACCUCCUCAUGAACAAGCUGGAGGAUUCCCAAGGUCUGGGGUCAGAGCUGCCAAGGGAGGAGCUCAAAGAGCAAAAUGGCAGCCUGCAAGAUGAACUAGGAGCCAAGGAAGCUCAAGACUUGACUAAAACCAAAGACUUUGAACUUUUGUUCUCUACAGCAUCACAGGCACAGAGCAAGCCCUCAUUUGUUCAGGAUGAAUUACUACCCCUCAAGUGGGAGGUAGCUCUUGAUCCCAAUAGAAACAAAGCCUGUCAAACAUCAUUUGUCACUGAAAAUGCCAAGGGAUCUGGUGCUGUUACAGGGCUGCCAGCUGAGCAAGACUGUGAUGGGGGCUCAUUUAGAGGCAUGAAAGGAUCACCAGCCUUACCUCCUACCUUGGACAACUUGGAUGAACUACUUGAAGAAAUCAGGAUAUCUGACAGUGAACAGGGUUGUUCGGGUGUAUCCACCUCAGAUCCACAGACGGUCCUUUUCUUUUUUUGUGGACCUUCUUCAGGCCAGCUUAAUGAUGAUCAUCUGUUCCCUUUUGACCAACUCAUCUUUUCAAGAGCAACUCCAGAGCUGCAAAUUAAAGAGUCAUUUCCUUUCUUGGAGAAGUCCAUAAUUCCUUUGUUAAUGCCCAUGGUUGUCCCUCCUGCUCCUGGAAGUCUUACUGUUCUAGAAGAUUCUUUCCAAGAAGAACUUCCUCAGAGCCGUGUGACUCAUGGGCUCCAAUCCAUGCAUGUCCCCCAAGUCCCUAUGGAGCCAUGUUGGAAUACUAAUGAGACCCAAAACAGUAUUGAUAAUCCACAAUCUCUUUUGAGAAAUGGUAUUUCUGGAAAAGACACAGGAAUGCCUUCAAAGACUCUUAGCCAAAGAGUAGGAGCUAUAGAACUUGAAUUAGAAGAAAAGCAAGAAAAAUGGUUAAAAACCCAGGAUAUACUUCCACAAAAUGGAACAAACAAAAAGGAAAUCUUGGAGUGGGACUUCAGUGAUGUAAGUGUUCUAGCUAAUGAGGCAAAAUGUUCAAAACAUGAUGAAUCUUGUGAAAAUGAAAUAUUGGCUACCGAUAUAGGGAGCAGCAGAUAUUUUCUCAAAAUUAAUGAGCUAGAGAAAGAGGUGGUGAAGCAUUUCCAGGAAAUCUUUGCUUUGGAGGAAGAAAAUGAGAAUUAUCGACAGAAAAUGAAGCAAUUAGAAGAAGAAAACUGGAGGUACUCCCAACAGUUGCAAUCCUUAGAGGUGGAGGUGGACGUUGAUACUCAUACCGCCUCAGCAGAUGCAGAUGAUGGAACAGAUGUUGAUUCUUCAGAAAUAUUAGAAGGAAAAUCUGAGAAGGAUGUUGUUGAGAGUAUUAAACUUAAAAAGGGCAGGGACAUUAGAACAAUAUUUUCUGCAGGGAAGAAAAAUGAAACUCAUUCUAAGAAAUUGCCUGAUUUGAAUGAAGUGAUUCUAAAUUCUCAAUUGGCCAUGUUUUUGAACAGAUUUCCCCUAAAAACUGAAGCACACGAAAGCAUGAAUAGGUUUUUCCAACUAAUUUCUGAUAUACAGACAGAGCAAAACCAAGUUUUCCUUGAAAUAACCAAAUUACACAGAGAUCACAAAAUAUGCAAUAAUAAAACAUAUGCUUUAGAAAAAGAAAAAGAGAGAAAUCUGAAAAGGAUAGCUGAGCUUGAACAAGAUAAGGUCAAUUUGCUAGAAAACUUAACUCAGCUAAGAAGUGAACUAGACCAAUACUUGCAGCUAAUUUCAGACCUUGAAGACUGCAAUGGGAAAAGUUAUGAUAAAAUUUCUGACCUGCAAGAUGAAAAUAUGACCCUGAAGAAGAAGGUGGACAAUAUUCAGAAAGCAAUGGCAGAAAACAUUAGGGAAGCACAGGAAGUGACUGAGAAGGUUACACAAGAAAACCAAGAGCUGAAGACCUUGAUAGCUGACCUUAGCAUUGGUUACAAAGAUGUAAUAAAAGAUCUAGUGCCAGGAAUACAAGACAUGAUGCAAAGCCUGAAGGAAGAAAAUGAACAGCUUCUCCACAAAAUACAUAUUAUGGAAGGGAAGGCCACAUGUGAAACAAAGGAUAUCAAACAAAUAGCCAAAGAGAAUGAGCAUCUAAAGGGACAAAUCCAGAAGCUAUUGGACAAAGCAAAUGUGGUAGAUCAAGGAAUUCAGGUAACUGACCCCUCAGGCCAACCAACAAGAGAUGAAGGAUUGUCUUUGGAGGAAGCAUCUGUUUUUGAUAAAGGACGAAAGCAACACCCCAUUUACAAUGAAAUGUAUCAGUUCCACAUGGGCUAUAAAAGACUGAAACCAUUUUUAGUGAAGGAGAACCCUGAGGUUUCCACUGUCACCCAAGAUCCCUCUAAUGGGUCAGAAGAUAAAAGGGUAGAUUUUGAAAAAAAGAAAAAAAAGGAGAGUUUGUCUGAAUUCCACAAUCGAACACAUGAAUCACUAGCCAGUUCUUCCCGGCUCCGAGAUAUUGAGAACAUUGCUCCACAAGAAGAAUCCCAGGCCAGCAGUAAGCUUCUGCACCACCAGGUAUUAACCCUGAGGUCCCAGCUCAGAGAUCAGGCUGCCUUAUACAGUGAACUGCAGGCAUCUCAAAGUGAAACUCGGUACCUUCAGGGCCAGCUGAGAGAAAAGAUUGAAGAGCUCAGAAGGAGGAAAAAUGAAGUGAACUUGGCUGUGACACCUCUCAAGGCAAAAGUGGCUUCCUUGGUUCAGAAAUGCCGGGAGAGAAACAACUUGGUCACUCAGCUGGUGCAGGAACUGCACAGACAUGGAAUUGAGAACCUGCAGCUCUCACAGGCAGCAAGGACCUUGGUGGAUGAUGUUGCUGUGGCCGCCUAUGCAUCUACCUUCAUGUCUUCUGACCCCAGAGAGGCAUGUUACCAAUCAGACACUAAGUCUGAGAACACUGCGUUUGGAAGAGAUCAAACCUGUCUCCUGAGCCCAGAAAUGACCAAUCAUCUCAGUGGAUAUUUCAGUUCUAACACCUCUCCUGCUGCUGACUCUGACCCAUCACUUAGGAAAACUCAUGCUGGGUCUCCAAAUUUGCCUUCUGGAGUGAUGAAUAAUCCCAGAACCUGGCAGAUUGGAGUGGAUGUGGGUGCGGGGCUGAUUUCUGAAAGCAUUCAGCAGGAAACAUUUGAGAUGUGCAGCCUCUCCACCCCUCCAACCAAUGACCUCCCUCUGCCUUCGAAAGUAAUGAGCCCAGAGAGGAUCCUAGCCUUGCAUUGGGAGCUAAGCCACAGCCGCUGCAAUAAUCAUCAGACUCUGGCUGCCCCUUCUGAGUCAGCCCUCAGUGGUUCCAGCACACAGCCCUGUCUGGUAGAGCCAUGCCAGCCUACAGGGCCCUGUUUCCCAGAGUCUUCCGCUGAUAGCUCUUUCGAGGAACACCAACAGCAAGAGCAAGGAUGCAAAUGGAGUGACCCAUCAUGUAGUCAGACAGAAAAUCAGCAUUCAGAAACUGAGCACUGGGGCAGCAGUCCCAGAAAUACCAUUAUAAAUAACACAUGGACCUCUGGAGACCAGCCAGAUGGCUCAACCUCCACAACUAUAGCAGAAAGCCAUUUGUCAAAUGGGUUGUCAGCAAGUAAUAAAGGUCUAAGUCCUUUGGGGGAAGACUCAGACAUGCUGCGGAGAGUGAGAUCCCUGGCUAUAAAGCGAGAGGCUCCUGCUCCAGUUGGCUCUCUGUGCAUCAUUAAAACAGUCGGCCAGAGGUGUUUAAUGAUUGGCUGGGAAAGGCCACUGGUGGAUGAGUUGGGCUGUAGCAAUGGGACUUUUGUUGCAGGAUACCGGAUCUAUAUUGAUGGAGAGUUUCAUAAGUACCUCAUGAGUUCAGCUUGUACAAAGACCCUGCUAGAGAAUCUCGACCUCUCAGUUCCCUUUAGCAUCAGUGUGCAGACUGUGGGGACUGGUGGUUUAGUUUCAGAGAAGGUGCACAUUGAAUUUAAUCAUCAUGCAAACAAAGGCACUUCAUCAUCUGGAUGCAGUAUCUCCCCUGAUGAGCAAGCCCGGGAUUGCGGCUCUCCUGAGGUAAUGGUGAUCAUGUGA